AUAUAUCUGCACAUUUCAGCUAGCCAUUCUCUCUCUCUCACACACACAUACAUAUACACAAAUAGAAGCUAAAAUCAUACAAAUGGGAAUAUUAUCGUUGAUAUCAGGAUGGCCCGGGCCUAGUGGAUUCGGAUCAGCCUCUACCGCUGAACAAGUUUCCGAAUCAAUUGAUGCUUCCGCUCUCACAGUUAUUAUCACAGGAGGAGCAAGUGGGAUCGGGUUAGAGACAACAAGAGUAUUAACAAUGAGGGGAGCUCAUGUGAUCAUAGCCGCAAGGAACACCAAGGCUGCAAAUGAAGCCAAACAAGCCAUCCUUAAAAACAAUGACAACGCCAAGAUUGAUGUUCUUGAGCUUGAUCUUUCAUCUCUCAACUCGGUUAACGCCUUUGUUCAUACCUUCAAAGCUCUUAAUCUUCCGCUCAACAUCUUGAUAAACAAUGCUGGUGUUAUGUUUUGCCCCUACCAACUGUCACAAGACGGGAUAGAAAUGCAGUUUGCGACCAAUCAUCUAGGUCACUUUCACUUGACAAACCUACUACUUGAUAAAAUGAAGGAAACAGCUGCAAGAACUGGAAUCGAGGGUAGAAUUGUAAAUUUAUCAUCUAUAGCUCAUCGCUACACUUAUGAACAAGGGAUCGUGUUCGAUAAAAUCAAUGAUAAAGAUAGCUAUUCUGAGAAAAAAGCAUACGGUCAGUCCAAGUUAGCCAACAUAUUGCACGCUAAUGAGCUCUCUCGACGCCUACAGGAAGAAGGGGUCAAUAUUACAGUAAACUCGGUACACCCCGGGUUAAUAAUGACCGAUCUCAUGAGACAUUCAUUCCUGCGUAUGAGAAUUUUUAAGCUGUUCACUUAUAUCUUCUGGAAAACCGUACCACAGGGUGCGGCAACGAGUUGCUAUGUAGCAUUGCACCCGGACCUAAAAGGGGUGAGCGGGAAAUACUUUCAGGACUGCAAUGAAUACACAGCAAGCAACUUUGCAACUCAUCGUGAAUUGGCGAAGAAGCUCUGGGACUACAGUCAAAACUUGGUCAACUCUCUUCAACACUCCUGAUGUUGUUUUCUCCUUCUGAUGCGGUCCGGUUUAUGUUUUAUUUCGAAUGUAUGAAGGGUUACUUAAUAUGUUUUUUUUUUUCUUUUGAAUCACACUAUAAUGCCACAUAUGUUAUAUCAAAUGUCUCAAAUCAAAGAGGACCAUUUCCAUU